CUGUAUGACUGAGGUUAGCAAGAAAAUGACCCAGACAUUGAAAAGAAGCUCGGUUGCUGAUCGAUUCGAGGAGGACCAAGUGCAUAGUUAUGCUGAGAGAGCCCUCAUGGACUGGUAUCGGAAGAUGCUAGCGGAGUUUCAGCGCGCUACGGCGAAGGUCUGCGAUGAUUACUCAUUCGGUAUACUAGAUUCCUACAAGAAGCACAUGGAAAACUUCCCUCACCAACCACCGAGGGCGUUUCAACUCGAGUCCCAAAUGCAGCAAAUCGAGGAAGGGGCCCAGAUUCCAGAGGGGGCACUUCAGAGGGCCCUAACAGGAAUCACUGAGCAUGCCGUGUGGUCCUCCUUUGCCACGAGACGCAGGCGAAUAAGCGCAGUUGAAACCGAUGAAGAACGUAACGUUCUACUGCGCCGAAUUGCGGCCGCUGCGGGUGUCUUUUUCAUGCAGGUUCGCCAAUGGAUCAGGGCUUCUAUCGAAAGUAAAUUGGAGAGCUUGACAUCCACUCAACAAAACUCUCUGAUAUGUCUCGAAGACGUGAAGAAGAGAUGCUACGAGGCUGUAGAGGCAUUUUGCAACAGUGCAGAUGUGUAUUACACAGAGUGUUGUACACGUGAUGUAGAGCAAGUCCUGAAGACUCAGCUUGCAACACAGGAAAGGGAAAGUGAGCAGAUGAAAGAACUUUCAGAAGCACUUGUCGCUCUCAAGUCCGAGGCAGAUCAGACCAGGUGUAGAGACAACAUGGAAGACAAAGGACCGAUUGGAGAAGAUGAAAACGGAGAAAUAGAAAAAGACCACGGCUCACCUGAAGAAUAAAGGAAACUUGCUAUUGAAAUAUAUCGCUUUGGAUUAAAUAGUCGAUUGAAAUUAUAUGAUAUAAAAGGCAAUUAUAUACAAUUAUUAUUUGCUUUUCCUAAUAAAAGGAAAUGGGCGAUAUUAAUAACAGAUUGUACAAUAUUUAGUUGAUGAUAAUUAUGCAUACCAUAUAAUCAGGUUUUGUUAUAGUAAUGGUUUUAAGGCGAGCAUCUAUUUCUAUACAGCAUACUCUGAAAGGAUCAGCUUACAAAAUAGUAAACAUGCAAGCAUUCUUACAUUUAGUGACAACAAUAUUUUUUUUUCUUCCAUCUUUUCGAAAUUGAUUAUUUCUAAAGUAUUCAUUUUUUAAACUAAAAGCCAAUUGUCAGGGUUUAUUUUAAACCUCAUAUUAUAUAUCAAUCUGGAAAAAGAAAGAAUAAGUUACAGCCCUUAAACCUUCCUGUUAUGCAAUUCAUGAUUACAAAAUAAAAUACUUUACAUCUAAUUUGUUCGUUAUCAUUUCCUUUUCUGCCUUUUACACUUUUUGUGAUCUUUGAUAAGUAACUCCUGUUGUGCCAAUUAUUAUUGCAACUUAAAAAAUAAAAAAAAAUCGAGAUCGUAAUGAAAAGAUCGUCAAGAGUCGUUCACUAAGGAUAAGGAACAAGGGUAUUUGAUGAUAAUGACAAUAUUGACAAAAAGCACACGUUUAUCUCUAGAGAUGCUUAAAUCGCAUGAAAUUAUUUGAAUUAAUUGUUUAAAAAAAUAAAAACUUACAUGAAUUUGAAGUUCACAAGCUGAAAGUUUAAAUUUGGAAAAAUGGAAAUUAAUUGUAGUCAGCAAGCACUAGGUGGGUCUUUAGUCUGGUCUUCAAGGUUUGAAGGGUAUUGGCUGUUUGAAUUGAAAAGGGUAACUGACUCCAAAGAAAGGGAACAGCUGAAACAAAUGUUCUACCCCUACUUUCUAUUUGUUAAUGGUCGGAUCGCCAAUUUAUUUUAGUUAAGAUUUCUUUAAGCCUCGAGCUUAGCAUUUCCUUAAGUCCAUUUGAAGAGUUAAAAUCAAUAAUUUUAUGAUCAGUAUUAAAGGUAUACGUACGCUGACAUAUUUGAUGUUUAAUGCGUUUGGGGUAAAUUCUCUUAGAUUUUUUUUCUAAUCCGUUCCUUCAAUCUUUCUAAAAGGAUUAACAAACACUGAGUAGGCCUAUCUCGCUAUGUUGCUGAAAUAAAUGAAAUAACUUUUAUGAUACGUUCUUACGCGUAAUUAUUGACACAUCCUUGAUAAUUCUAUACUUUUAUCUAUUUUACGUAAUAUGUAUACAAUGUACAUUUCCCUAAUGUUUUUCUCUGUAUUAAAAGAAGUGCAUAUUUAGCCAUCAGGUACUUUCCUUAUAUCCUACCUCUUUCUAUUUUUGUCGUAUUCUUCAACAGUACUAUUUUCGAAGAUCCUGUUUUUUAAAGAUAUUUCUUGGGGUUGUCGUAAGAAUGUCUGGUUUUAUUAUCUAUUGCAGCUUUUGCUUCGCACUGCCUUGCAUACCAUCCUAGCAAUAAAUGGGAAAUGAAU